CCUCACCCUACGUGCACUCAACAUGGCAGCAGACAAGCAGAGGAGGGAGGCAAGCUAGAGAGCAGGAGAGAUAGAGGGAGGGAGAAGCAGGCUGCUGCUAUCAGGGAAUAUUGGUGCCACUUUCAGCAUCGCAAGGUGAAAGGAUUGAGCCUUGCUGCUGUACGCACGGCUCGGUUCAGCUCAGCUCAGCUCGCCUCAGCUCAGACCAGCCGAGCAAGCAGGGGACUGGAGGGAGGACGAAAACGCAGGAGAGAAGGGCUGACCUCUAACACAGAACCCCUGACCCCUCCUCCUCCCCCCCUCCCUUUUAACCUCACCUCACCUCCCCCUCCUUUCUCAGGCUGCAGACAGAGUAAGUGAUGCAGUCCUUCCGUGAGCGCAGCAGUGGUUACCACAGCAACCAGCCCUGCUAUCAGCAGGAGCCCCAAGAAUUAUCUCGCCUGGAGACCUACCGGCAGCACCCACACCAUCCCCACCCCCAGCACCCUCACCCGGGGCCUGGUCCGCAUCCAGGCCCAGGCCCAGGGCACAACAGGUCAGGCUAUCAGGCCCAUCCAUUGGCAAACACGGCUAAUUUGCCUCCAGCCAGUGGAGCAGGAAUCGGAGGACCCAAAGACUGUUACAGCCAGCAAACCUACACUAGUUACCAAGGUAAUGGUGGAGGAAAUGGCAGUGGAAAUGGGGGCUCAGCAGCAACACAAGCAAAAAAAAGUUUUAGAGGAGGCAAAGUACCCCCACCUAACCCAGGGCAGCACAUGCAGGGUCCUGGAAGCUACUCUAAUCCAAUGGGCCCUGGAAAUUAUUCUGCCCAGUAUAUGAGCGAGGGUCACCUCCAGCAGAAGUGGGAGGACCCAGCCCAUUUGGCACAGUAUGAACAGGAAAUGGUGGGACGUUUGGAAGCUGGUGCUGCACCUACACCAAGCUCCUCCCAGUUCAUGGACUCAAACAUGCUUGGGCACUCUCAACCCCAGUGCCAUCAGCCAUCUACCCCUAAUUAUUCAAGCCCCCACCACCAGCCUCACCCUCCUAACCCUUCCCCAUCACCUCUCAUGUACCCCCAGAGUCACUUACAUUACUCGCAGCACUCCCCCUCCCCUUCGUCAUACAUGGAAAAGUGCAGUCCAAUGCCCCAUUGUUAUAAAGGGUACAAUAUGCCUCCCAAUUCUCAAUAUGGCAGACAGAUGAGUAGCCAUGGCGGUUUGAAGCAGGGGGCCUAUAGGUCGCCCCAGAACAGUUACGGGUACCAGCAGUCAAACCCCAGAGGUUUUGAGCAGCAGCCCCCUUUACAGACAAUGACCAACCCACAAGAACCCCUCUCUAAAUACCAACACUUCAACCAACCCCAACAGAGCUACUGUCUCUCAGAGCUGCCUGUCAGAUCUCCAGAACAAUAUUAUCAGACAUGCAGCCCUUCCUCAAGUCACUCUCCCGCACGCUCUGUAGGGCGCUCACCUUCGUAUAGCUCCACCCCUUCACCUCUAAUGACCAAUCCAGAGUCAUUCCAAUAUGGGCAGCCGCCCAUGACACCUGGAGCAGCCUCCUCUUCAUCAUCCUCUUCAGCUGGACUACAAGAGCAAGCCAGUGCCAACACCAUGUUGAUGCCCCCACGAUCACACCCUUCACCAAACAUUCCCCAUGCAACUCCCCACAGCUACACCACCACACCACAAGUACCCACUCUGAAGGAGCGCUUCUCAGAAAAACUACUGUCAAACCCCAGCUUAUGGAGUCUGAAUGCUCUCACCUCUCAGGUGGAGAAUAUCUCCAACAAUGUCCAGCAACUGUUGCUUUCUGAGGCCUUGGUUGCCAACAAGAAGGGUAGUAAGCGUAGCAGUGGUGGGAGCAACAGCAGUGGUGGAAGUGGAGUAUCCUCUAAAAAGGGCGAUGAAUAUAAAAGUCCUCCGUAUCCAGAUAGUUGUAGUAAUUUGGGUGGGGGCCCCAUCCAAGACCCUUAUUCUACCCCACAGCACCAGUCACUGCCCAUGGAACUCCAUGAGGGCGGCUACUCCAGCAGUAGUGAUGAGCCACUGGACAGGGGCUACUACUACUUUGGCCAGGGCAGAAGUCCAGCGCAGGCCCAUAACAACACGCAACUAAGUCUGGACACAGCCUCAUCUUGCUCCAUUGCAUCUCCAGACGACAUGUCCACAAGGUCGGGGGAUUCGGGUCUGCACAAUCUAACCCCUGACCCUACCAGAUGUCAAAUAGGGCAAGGGGGAGAUAGCAUGGGGACUCCAGUGAAGAGCCUUACUGACGAGAUGUCUCCAAAAUGCAUCACAAUUCCAAGCCCUAUGAAACAAGAAAGAGAUUCACCUUCAGAUAUGCAACACAUCAGUCAGUCUAUCAAAGAAAAUUUUGAAGAAUCAGCAUGGACAGAAAAGUUGGCGGAAAAAGAAGAGAUGACAACAGUAAAGGCGCUUGACUGUGCGAGUGAUGGAAACAUGAUUAAUCCUACAGAGAAGCAAGAAAAAUGGUCAGAUGAGGAAAAAUGUCCAGAUGUCUACUGCAAAGUAAACACAGAGAUGACAGAAAAAAGCUAUUGCUAUGAAGAGACGGUAUAUCGAGAGGGUCAAGGUAAAUAUGACUCAGAUGCGAGAGACUCCAUUGAACAGUCCCCAGCAGCUCUCUCUGACUCCAGUAACAAAGAGCACUUUGGACAAGAAUUGAAAUCAGAGGCAUUCAAAUCAGAAUCUCCAACUGCAUCUGAGAGUUCUGUGAAAACAUUGCCUUUUACUUCAAGGGGGGACCUUGAGCAGGAUCAAUACUCUACAGAGAAAGAUGAGAGCUCAGAGAACACCUCUCCAACCCCCCAAGUUGAUGUCUUGGAAGACAGCAGCUCAGACAAAAGAGAGAGUAGAGAUCAGGAGAAUGAAGAAGGGGGAAAGGAAGAGGUAAGAGAGGAAGUUGUUGAAGAGGAACAUUUCAAAAUACAGAAAAAACUAAAAGCAUGUCUUUACCCACUUGUCUCUGAAGAAGUAAGGGAAGAGUCUGUAGAGGGAGAGAAAGAAACCCAGUCAUUGGCUCAAGAGCAUAUAAAUAAUAGAGACAACCUGGAGAAUUGUUCAGCAGAUCUCUGCAGCAGGACAGAGAAUCAGAGUUGUGUGCUCAGUGCUGACGGUGACUUUGCAGGGGCACCAAGCCAUCUAAAUGCAGCAGCAGCAACCACAGCAGCAGAUGCAUCGGCAAGGGAGUCAGCCAUUGGUGACACAGCUCCUCAGUCACAGUCUGCUACGCCAGUCUUUUCUGCUCUCAACGACAAGGCAGCGCCUCCAGGUCAAACAAGGGAUCAUAUUGAUCACAGUGAUGCUAAAGUACUGGAGCCAGAUUCUCCCCAGCUACCGGGAAAGUCAAUACUUCCUUCAGCCCCAUCCUGGGCCGACACUCCACCUUCUCCCAAAAAAGGAGAUGAGGACGUAGAACCAGGCAUCAGUUGUGCCAGUGCCGUGACCCCACUGGCCAAACCAGAGCCUGUGGCCCCAUCUGCUCAGCCAAGGGCAUUUGGACGUAAACACACCAGGGGCAGAAGAAGAAUAACGCAAUCAGUUGUGGGAAUUCGGCGACAGUUAAGCUUGGAGAGAGGGGGAGAAAAGGAGGACGAUUUUACGACACAAAAAACCUGCAUGCCUUCAAGUAAAACUGCUUUGAUUUCAGAUCAAACUAGCUUGGUUCAUCAAGAGUCUAUUGUGGGUCAGACUCCCAAAAUGCCAGCAGACGCUUUUCAAUCAAGAAUGUGCACUCGAUCAUUUAACGCACCUGACAUGCCACCCAAAGCUGACCUUAAUGUGAAGAGAAAACCAUGUCCAAAACUUGGUGCUAAGCCUGGGCCUAAACCAGGGUCUAAACUAGGUGCAACACCUGGACCAAAGGCUAGAGCAAAACCAGGGUCAAGACCAGGACCUAAACCUAACCUAAAGCCUGGUCCAAAACUAACUCCAAAACCAGGACAAAAACCUGUACCAAAUGAUUCUGAACUACCCCCUAAAAUUGAAAUAAUAGUAAAACGGAAGCCAGGACCGAAAGCAGGUUUGAAACCCGUACCCAAACCAGCUGCAAAAUCAGGUCAAAAGCCUGGUCCUAAGCCUGCAGAAGGUUUAUCCUCUAUUGACACCACUCCUAUCAAAGCUUCAGUAGGUCGCCCUAGGGGGUCAAUCUGUAAAGCCAAACCAGCAAACCAAGAAAAUACAAAUCAACAAUUUACAGAAGUACAAAGCAGGAGCCGGAAGAACCUAAAACCAACAAUGUCCCAAAAGAGCCUGGAUGUAAAACCAGUAGAACAAGAGGCAAAAGAAGCACCCCCAGAGGUAAAGGUGCCGGAGAAGGAGAGUAAGAACAUGGUCUUGAGAUCAAGGAAACCCUCACAAGAAAAAAUGUCAAAAGGGAAAGAGAAAAACGUAGGAGAGGAAAUUCAAACGCCCACACUAACAGAUGUUAAAGUCUGUGACUUGUCUCCAGAUGUAGAGGAGGUUGUAUCAGAGGAUCAAAAUCUAACUCUUAGCCCUGAUGCAGACAAAACAACGGAUGAUUCACCACCCACAUUGCCGGUCCAAUCAAAGGAAACAAAGGUAAAGAUACUCCCUCCUGUAAAGCGGAAAUCUAGCCCAGAACCUUCCACUAUACAAGUGAAGAGAAAGAGGGGUCCAAAGCCCAAACCAAAAACAUUGCCACCUCAACCUUCGUUGCAAGAACAGAUUGUCCCUACAGACAAAAGUGUCCGAGGCACCAGAAGAAGGAGAGGGCCACCUAAAAAAAUCCCUGUGGUCACACCCAUAACCAAAGGCACUGCUCCAUACAUCAGUGGACCUUCCACCAUCAGUGAGGUGAAUGUGGUAGCUCCUACCAAAACAAAAGUUCUCCCGCCUCGGAAAGGCAGAGGCCAAAAGUACGAGGCAAUGGUGCAGAAGAUUGCAUCUCCUAGCCUAAAGAAACACAUCCUAACUCCACAACAAGACAUCAGCUCAAAUGACAAUGUGGCAGCUAAAGCAUUGUCUGAAAUUGUGUUGAAGGAAGGAGAAACUUCUGCCCAGAUAAGUGGCGCUGAGAUGGGAGAAUGUGCUAAAGAUGGAGAAGAACAUCAUGGGGAGGCAGUGAAAAAUGAAACAUCACAAGAAAGUGAAAAACAUGAAGUGAGUCAAGAGGCACCAGCACAAGAGGUGGAAGGAGAAAGGGUUGAGAAGAAGGUUGAACAAGCAAAUGGUACAAGUCAGGAAAAGUUUAAACCCAAAACCCAGCAGGACUGUGUCCAUGAUAAGGUUUGUACUUCAGUGGAGACACCUUCAGAGGCUGAGGCUUCAGAUGAGAAGACAGAACAGGCAUCAGAGAUUGUAUCGACUCUUGCCACCAAGUGUGCCAGAACUAAAAGAAAGAGAUGGGCAAUGGUAGAGAGUACCGAUGCUUCAGUAGUGGCCUUGGAAGCAGAUAGCCUAAUAAUUACAACACCAAGGCUUGCCAAACAGAGGGCUAUUAAAAACAACCAUGAAAUGCACCUUAAACAGAGGAGGAAGAAAAGAAAAGGUGAGGCCCCUUUAGAGGUGACAGAGACAGUGGAGGAGGCAAACAAUGAAACUGCAGAAAGCCAAGACACAGUGGAAGAAACGGUAAUAAACACAGAGCCCACAAUACCGCCACCAAUUAUCCAGGAUGAGGUCCUAGAAACCCCCCAGGUUGUCAGUACAGAGCUCAUUCAGAAACCUCGAAGAGGUCGAAAACCAUCGGCAAACCCAAGCAAAAAGAAAAGAAGCAAGCCCUCAACAGAGCACAUUCUUGGCAAGCCAGUGAGGGUCCACAAAAAACCUGGUCCAAAACCUGGAAUGAAAGACGCCAUUGAGGUCAUUGAGGCAGUUGUGAGGGCAGCUGGGUGUGAACAGCAACAAAAAGAGGAGAGAGAGAAAGAAGAAAGAGAAAGAACAGAAAAGGAGACUGAUGAGAAUCAAGAGACAUGCGUUGUGGGCCCUGUAGACACCGUCACAGAAAAACAAAAUGAGCUCAUUUCUGUUAAAAGAAUCAGACGCAAACCAAUCUAUCAGUCAUCUAAACUGUCUUUUUGUCCUUAUGUACGGAUAAACAACUCCAGGGACUUUUCCUCUUGGUGUGCCAUAGUCAACAAACCUGAGGACACUGUGGUGUUUCAGAGACGCAGAAAAAAAGGCAUUCUCAGAAUGAGGAAUCCUUUCACUGUAGCAAAGGUCGUGCCACACACUGCAGCCAUGCUGCUGGGGCCCAUGGUGAACACAAACCUAAUUGGCCGAUGUCUUGCAUGUUCGCUGUGUGGAAAACCAGCAAAUUACAAAGACUUGGGUGAUUUGUGUGGACCCUACUAUGCCGAGGACAGCAUUCCACGGAAAGCUUUGACUAUCCCGCACACACAGUCCUUCAGGGAAGAAUCAGACAAGUCCAACAGAGACGACAGCAGUGUCUCUGAAGUGCCAGGCACCUCUUCAAAUAGUGAAGGUGCAACAACCUCAGAGAAGGAGGAAACUACAGAAGCCUCCUCUCAGGGAGCAAGUAGCAGCAAGCACCACCACUGGCGCUACCGACGGCUAGAAAGGCCAGAACGAUUGUGUCAAGAGGGUCGUCCACGAAGAUUAACUCUAAGAGAGAGGUUCAGAAGAAUGAAACAGCUCCAGACCAUCAGCACGGAGGCCUCAAGGGAUGAAGAGGGCAAUGAAAGCAAGCUCCAAAGGCUACAGAUGGAAGUAGAGGCCGAGGAACACUGGGUUCAUGAAAACUGUGCCAUCUGGACCAAGGGGAUAGUUAUGGUAGCUGCAAGACUAUACGGACUGAAGGAAGCUGCCAGCAAGUCAGCCCAAAUGAGCUGCUACAAGUGCCAGAUUGCAGGGGCGUCCCUCAGCUGCUGUUGGAGAGGAUGCUCUUAUAAAUACCACUAUGUCUGCGCCAAAGAGAUAGGCUGCACAUUCCACGAGGAUGACUUUUCCAUCAAAUGUCCCAAACACGAGGACCUGUAAUAUAUUCACGUGCGCCAUCUUUACUACCAGAACCAUCGUCGUGCCACCCUAUCCAGCAGAGAGCUGUCGCAGCAGCUACUUAUACGGACCGAGAAUGGACAGGUUUGUCGGCCAGAAUCUGCACCGAGGGGCCCGGAGGAAUCACUUCAGGGAGAGCGGCUGCUUCCUGAAACCAGACCAGAAAUUUGUAUUUAUCCUGCGAGGCAGAAGGUGGUCUGUGUUUAGCGGGAGGAUGUGCUUUGUUUCAAACUAUUUGAAAUUCCAAGUGAGGAACUCGUGUGAGUGUGUGUGUGUGUGUGUGUGUGUGUGUGUGUGUGUGUGUGUGUGUGUGUGUGUGUGUGUGUGUGUGUGUGUGUGUGUGUGUGUGUGUGUGUGUGUGUGUGUGUGUGUGUGUGUGUGUGUGUGUGCUCCCGUCAGAUGGGUUUGCUAUCAUCCUCACACAGCUGGUGGACACUGAUUGGACAGAAGCAUCCUCUGGCCACCUUGUCUUUGAGCCAACAGGUGCAUACACGCAGCUUUGUGUGUGUGUGUGUGUGUGUGUGUGUGUGUGUGCGUGCGUGCGUGCGUGCGCGUGUGCGUGCGUGUGUGUGUGUGUGUGUAUGUGUGUGUGUGUGUGUGUGUGUGUGUGUGUGUGUGUGUGUGUGUGUGUGUGUGUGUGUGUGUGUGUGUGUGUGUGUGUGUGUGUGUGUGUGUGUGUGUUAACCAUUGUCAUUCCAUAGCCACAUCAUCACCAUGUGUCUGAGGAUGUCCUCCAUUAGAAAAAAUAAAAUUUAAAAAGGAAGGGGAAAAAACGAAAGCAUCAGCCAACCACUGGAUGUACUAUCUCAAUGUUUGUGUUUAAAACAAAAUAUGGAAACUGUAAUGAUGACGAUGUUCUUUACAGGUUCUAAAUAUUCUGACAUCACAGAAUUGUGAAAAAACAGACGCAGUAUUUUAUCAUCAUAUCUUUGAAGGUGUAUUUUGGUGUGCAUUAACAUCAUCACAUCACCCUUGGUAUAUGUAAGGCUUUGUGUUAUUUAAAAAAUAUAUAUAAAUAUAUAUAUAGAUAUGAAAAUGAUUAAAAAAUAAGAAUUCUGUUGCAUUUAAUUCAACUGUGUGCACAUUGAGUAUGGACAGUAGCCACCAUCACUCGUCAAGGAUCAAGAGUAGGGUUGCUUCGUAACCGUGUACAGUUCAGGGGAAUUAACCGUGAAAAUGUUUCAUAUGAUUAUUCCACACAUCACAGGAAGAAGUGCAUUCAAACUAGGUUCCAUACCACGUUUUGUAUGUUUGUGUAUCUAAAAAUGUAGCUCCCCCCCCCUCCCCCACGCACACACACACACACACUCUGCUGUUGCUAUAUAAAGCUGCACUGUGCAGAGCAUCAUCAGCUAUAUGAAAAAGGGACAUAAUUAAGUAUUAAAGCAGAAAAGAAAGUGCAAAAACACCAAACUCUCUUUCUCUUUUAUGAAGCUCAUUAUUUAAUGGUGUACAGAAGUAUUUGAUGCUGUUUAAAUGUAAGAUGUGAUGUACUAAUAUAAUUGUGUAUAGUAUUUCCUAGAGAUGUUUAUUUUCUAUAAAAUGGAAUAUGUUAUUGCUUAUAAAAUGUUAUUAAAAGAAUCCAUUGAUGAAAAAAAUGAAACUUUUUUUGGGAAUGUCACUCGUCUAGGUGGGAGCAUGCCUUUUUUAUUGAUUUCAUGUCUAUUUGAUUUGGACUUGAUGACACACAGCAUCAUUUUGUUUGAGAUGUUUUUUGUAACGCCAAUGUUAAAUAUACCAGCACCUUUCAACGCUGCUAUGA